CACUGCUUUUCUUGUGUGUGCUUGCCUUUCACAGUUCACUCACACCUCCCUGGAUAAUUGGCCCUCUUCGCCGGGCCCUUUAUGAAACUUGAACAAGAACCAGAAGAAUAAGAAGGAGUGACAAAUAACCCGGUGAUGACUCCGGCACAACCAAGCCUGUUCUUCACUCACGAUCUCGCUCAGCAGAGAUCCAGUGGUGGAGAGCAAAGAUUCUCACUGAUGGAGAAGAUGCAGGGAGAGGGAGAGGUGGAUCACCUGGCGCAACCGAGCCCACUGACUGACAGGGAGAAGGUGGUCAUCCAGGAGUCCUGGACGAAAGUCUACCAGAACUGUGACGACACUGGAGUGACCAUACUCGUCAGGCUGUUUGUGAACUUCCCCUCGUCCAAGCAGUAUUUCAGCCAGUUCAAGCACAUCGAGGAGGCGGAGGAGCUGCAGCGGAGCGCCCAGCUCCGGAAGCACGCUCGCAGAGUCAUGGAUGCCAUCAACACACUGGUGGAGAGUCUGGACAACUCCGACAAGGUGGCUUCAGUGCUGAAGCUGGUGGGCAAGGCCCACGCACUCCGACACAAGGUGGAGCCUGUGUACUUCAAGAUCCUGAGUGGUGUGAUACUGGAAGUUCUGGGAGAGGCGUUCCCAGAGGUCAUGACACCAGAGGUUGCUGCGGCGUGGACCAAACUCUUGGCUACGAUCUGCUGUGGUAUCACAGCCAUCUAUGAGGAAGUGGGCUGGAAUAAGCUCUCAACUUCAACCGGGUGAAGCAUUUAGUCUGGUUUUAUUGGACCAUGCGCACAGAGAGACUUCUAUUAUUAUUUUUUUUCUUUAAGUUGGCCAGAGCCUAAUUAAAUAGGGGAGUCAAGUCAAUGUAAUCUGGGAAUGCAGUUUGAUGUAAUCUAAGACAAUAACGGGCUUUGGAACAUACCCCUUACUUUUUACUCUUGUAAAGGACCAAACCAUUUAAAGGAGGGAGCAAAGUGGAAGAAAAUGCAAACGAAAAAAGGUUGAUUCAAAGGUCACAUUUGACUUGGAUGUGCCUUCUACUGAAUGUGUCAAUCUAGAAAACUGCCAUGUGCUGUAAAUACCAUUAUUUUCAAAUAUCGUGUUGUUUUUCCCUGAUGUUUCCUUUUCAUGAGUCUGCACUUGUGUCCACCUUGUAAGAUAUGAAUAAGACCGAGACAUUUUUACAUUUUUAACAGUUAAUUGUGACGAUUGUACUUUUCCCCACCAUUAUGACUCAACUUUGUAUCUGUAUUCAACAACAUUUUAAAAAUAAAACUAUACAAAGAAAAUCA